GGAGUACUUGAAGUGAAAAUGACUCGUGUAUUAGCGCUUAGUCACCCGCGUUGCGCCCCUGCCAGCCGCCCCGUGCCGAGGAGCAGCUGGGGCUGUGCGGCUGUGCUGGCAGAGCCCGUCCCGUCCCGGCGGUGUCACGGCGGUGUCACGGCUGUUUGGAACGGCGCGGGCCGGGGGAGUGCGGGGCCGCCCCGCCCCUCCAGGAGCAGCCGCUGCACGUUUGGGGAUGCUGAAAGGUUGUGGGGUUUUUUUUUCACGUUUCCGCAGUGUCAUGAUUUCCGCUUCCCUCCUUCAAAAAAAAGAAAAAAGCAGCCCGCAGCCGAGCGCCCCGCAGCCAUGGAGGAGCCGGAGGCCAACGCGGAGCCGCCGCCCGGGCUGCGCUCGCUGCUGCCGCCGCGGGAGUUCCUGUGCUCCCGUAAGGGGCAGCUGCUGCUCGCCGAGACGGAUUUCCUGCGCUGUGUCACUGCUGCUAUUAUUUACUUUGCCAUUUCGAUCGCUGCUGUCUCAAAAUACAGUGAUGGAGCAUCCAAAGCAGCAGGAGUGUUUGGAUUUAUAGCCACAAUAGUGUAUGCUGUCGAUUUCUACAUAACAUUCAAUGACCUGGUUACUUUUCUCAAGCAAGGCAGUUCCGAGCCCCCUGAAAGGCGCAAGUCAGAAGAUGAAGACUCUGAUUCUGACUCAGACUGAAAAAACAAACACCAGCUGAGUGUGAAGGGAAGAUAAUCAAGCACUUUCUUCUCUGCUGAAUGCACUGCCAAUUGAAACAUCUCUCUUACUUCAGCCUCAAUAUCCUCUUUCCACUUCACUGUUUAUGGAAUCACCAAAGCAUAGGGCAGUGAUGUGGUGAAGGAGACCAUUCCCAAUACCAUUAAACACUCUUUCAGCAAUAAGGAUUUACAAUACAGAACUAAGGCUUCUACAGAUUUCAACCUCCUAGAGGCCUGCAUCCAAACAACCCUUUGUUGUUCGGCAUACAAUGUGCUGAGUAAAUGGGAACACAGUAUUUUAAACUUAUAACAGAGCUUUUAACAUGCUUUCUUAAUUCCAAGUCUUUAACACUUACUUAUAGCUUUAAUACUUCUUGCUGUGCCAAAGAAAAGAGGCCCAGAACGCCUCUGUUUCACUUAUAUUUUUCUUGAUUAACUAACAACAUUCAUCUCAAGUCUGAGCAUUCCACUAUCUCAACCACAUCAAGGCAUAGAUUAUAGCUGGUUUCAGGACAUCAGUAUCUACUGCCUAAAUGUUGAUAACAUAACAUUCCAGUGACAACUGGAAAUGAGCAGCAAGCAUAAAUCUCAAAGUGUAACAGUGCCUCAUCAGACAUUAUCACUUUUUAAGCUGCCUGGAUGGGGUCACGUUCUCAUCUUCUGCAGUUUCACCACAGAUAUGUGGUAGAACAGAAGUGGAAUCUUACCAGCCCCUUCCUACCAUUUUUGUGGCAGCCCUUGUACGUGUGCGUUUGCACAUACAGGUAAGGAAGGCUUGCCAAAUACCACCCAGCCACACUAUGUGCCUAUGAGAGCUUGCACGUGUUUGCGUGCAAGGUAUCGCUGUCUGAUCUCAUGCUCUAUCUUGCCAACGUUGGUCUUCCAAUGAGAAAUAGCGCUGUAGUUGCUCUGCUGGG